AUUUGACUGUGGCGCUACGGCGGAGAGACCGGACUUCCGGCCGGUGACUGGCGGAGAGUGAGCUGCCGCAGCUUAGCGCGGGCUUUCCGGAAGCGGCUGACGGAUUCUCUUCCCGGAAGCGGCUGACGGAUUCUCUUCCCGGCAGAACGUUCGCUCCGAGGGCCGGCUGGUGCUGAGGUGCGUCCCCGGCGGGGCUUCUCCUCCUGAGGAGCUUGAGGAGAUUGGUGAUCGACAAACGGAGUUUAUUUUUCUGACCCCUCUGCAUCCAGCCCGGCGCCCCGUAGGCCGUCAAUACAUACUUUUGGGCUGAUAAUGAACGAAGUUGAUCGGGAAUAGUUGCUUUCCCUAAAUGAGUCAGCCAGCCCACAAUUACUAAGCGCCUGCUUGCGCUGGUUCUGGGGCUGCGAGGGCAGAACACGGAACGGAUUCCCGUUCUCAGUGAGCUUGUAUGUCAGCAGGCACCAAGCGCAGGCAAGAGGCUGGGGAACAAAAAUAAAGAUGUUAAAUACAGAGAUAAGGGAAGUCGUUAAAUGCGCGCGGAUUUGGAAAGGCUUCCUACAGGUGGAGUGUGUAAACUGCGUCUUAAACGGAAGGCUUCUGUGAGCUCAAGCUGGGAGCACAUUGCAUUCAUGGGGCAACGCAAAGGCGUGGAACCAUAGCGGAUGAGGAACAGAGAAAAGGCCAAUCUGGCGAGGGAUUCCCAGCAACGUUAGGUUGGGCUCAGAUUGUAUAGAACUUCUGACAAAACAGCUGCAUUUAUUUGAUUUUUGAGACAGUAGGAAACCGCUGGAGUUGAUUCUUCUGGCAUUAGAUGGUGAGCAGCUUGAGGUGAAGAACUAUAGAAAAUAGAACCAUGAUGUUGACAAAAUUAAAGAAAUUUAUAAUGAAUCAACAGAAAGUAUCCAGUUUGCAUAUCAAUCACAUGUAUUCCUGUAGAACAACAGUGAUUUUAAAGGGAUUAAUAUCACAAGUUUUUCUUAGAAGAAAUUAUAGUUCCUUACCAGAAAAUGAUGUCAAAUCUUUACGUUCAAUUAUCAACCCUUCUAUAUCUAAAAUUCGUAACAUUGGAAUUAUGGCUCAUAUUGAUGCAGGCAAAACUACAACCACAGAGAGAAUAUUGUACUAUUCUGGAUACAUCAGGUCUUUGGGAGAUGUUGAUGAUGGGGACACAGUGACGGAUUUCAUGGCCCAAGAGCGAGAAAGAGGCAUUACCAUUCAAUCAGCUGCUGUUACAUUUGACUGGAAGGGAUAUAGAGUUAAUCUCAUUGAUACACCAGGUCACGUGGACUUUACUUUAGAAGUUGAGCGUUGUCUAAGAGUAUUGGAUGGUGCAGUAGCUGUAUUUGAUGCUUCAGCAGGUGUGGAGGCACAGACUCUGACAGUAUGGAGACAAGCUGAUAAACACCAUGUGCCCCGGAUAUGUUUUUUAAAUAAGAUGGACAAAACUGGAGCUAGUUUUAACUAUGCUGUUGAUAGCAUCAGAGAGAAACUGAAGACAAAACCUUUACUUUUGCAGUUGCCUAUUGGUGAAGCAAAAUCUUUCAAAGGACUAGUUGAUGUUGUGACUAUGGAAAAAGUUAUGUGGAACACUCAUACAUCUAAUCAUGAUGAUGGAAAACAUUUUGUGAGAGAACCCCUUACAGAAUUGAAGGAUCCUGAAUUGCUAAAGGAGGCAAAGGAAGCAAGAAAUGCCUUAAUUGAACAAAUUGCAGAUCUGGAUGAUGAGUUUGCUGACCUUGUUUUAGGAGAGUUUAUUGAAAAUUUUGAUUUGUUACCCCCUGAAAAGUUACACCCUGCAAUACGUAAAGUAACUGUGGCUCAGAGAGCUGUUCCUGUGCUCUGUGGAAGUGCCUUGAAGAAUAAAGGGAUCCAACCCUUAUUAGAUGCUGUUACUAUGUAUCUGCCUUCUCCUGAUGAGCGCAGUAAUGAAUUUCUGCAGUGGUAUAAAGAUGACUUGUGUGCCUUGGCAUUUAAAGUUCUUCAUGACAAACAGCGUGGACCUUUAGUUUUCAUGCGCAUUUAUUCUGGUACAAUGAAACCACAGUCAGCCGUCCAUAACAUUAACGGGAAUUGCACAGAGAGAAUAAGUCGCUUACUGUUGCCUUUUGCUGACCAGCAUAUAGAAAUUCCUUCUCUCACAGCAGGCAAUAUUGCUCUAACUGUUGGACUUAAACAGACUUCUACUGGUGAUACCAUUGUUUCAUCCAAGUCUUCAGCAUUGGCUGCAGCCCGACGAGCUAGAAGGAAUGAAGGAAAGAUGCACAAACAUAACAUGGAACCUGGGAGUCUUUUAUUGGCAGGGGUAGAGAUUCCAGAACCUGUCUUCUUUUGCACAAUAGAACCACCUUCAGUAGCCAAACAGCCAGAACUGGAUCGAGCAUUGAACUGCCUUCAGCGUGAAGAUCCUAGUUUAAAAGUGCGAUUAGAUCCCGAUUCUGGACAAACUAUUCUCUGUGGCAUGGGGGAGCUACAUAUUGAGAUCAUUAAUGACCGCAUCAAGAGAGAAUAUGGAGUUGAGACCUUCCUUGGUCCUCUACAAAUAGCAUAUAGAGAAACCAUUCUAAACUCAGCCCAUGCCACAGAUACAUUGGAUAGAACAUUAGGAGAAAAAAGACAUUUAGUGACUGUGGAUGUGGAAGUGAGGCCAUGUGCAAGAGAAAAAUCAGAAGUAAUCCCUGUUAUUGAAUAUGCUGAAAAUAUUAGGGAGGAGCUUCUGCAAGAGUUUCAAGAGGCCAUUGAAAAUGGAAUUCGUAAUGCAUACCUGCAAGGACCAUUGCUUGGAUUCCCAAUUCAGGAUGUUGCAGUUACUCUGUGUUCAUUGACACUUCACCCAGGCACCUCUACAACAAUGGUUUCUGCCUGUGUCUCCCGUUGUGUACAAAAGGCUCUAAAGAAAGCUGACAAGCAAGUUCUGGAACCCUUUAUGAAUCUCGAAGUUACAGUGACUGGAGACUAUCUCAGUUCUGUCCUAGCUGAUCUUGCUCAGAGAAGAGGCAGCAUUCAAGAAAUUCAGAGUCGUCAGGAUAACAGAGUUGUUGUUGGAUCAGUUCCCUUAGCUGAAAUGAUGGGUUAUUCAACUGUGCUCCGAACUUUAUCAUCUGGUACAGCAACUUUUGCACUGGAGCUGUCUAAUUACCAAGCUAUGAACCUUCAGGACCAAAAUGCUUUGCUUAAUCGAAGAAGUGGACUGGCCUGAUUACUUUCAUUACAUGGAAAUAAAAAUACUGAGAAUGACAGUAUCUCACUUAAGUUUCUUCAUUGUAUGAAGAUCCACAUUAAUGACUUUUCCUGGGAAGGGAGUUAUUAAUUUUCAUUUAUGACUUGACACAUGCGCUGUCAUGCUAACUCUAUCAGACUUUGGCUACUGGAGUCCUACUAGUUGUUGAUGAUCAUUUAAAUUGUUUUAAAUAGCCUGACCUAAGGGAACUACUCCUCAAAAGGUAAGUGUUCAAAGUCUAUGAACUGUUUUCAAAGGAAGAAUUACCAACUGUUGCUCCAAUUCACUAAUAAGAAAAAAGGCAAUUUUGAGUAAAUUUGACAUUUGAGCUCAUGCCUUAAAAAUUUGCACAUAUCUCAGUCCAUUUUGGAGGGACAUCGUAUUAAUACACUGAGAAUCACAUUAAUACACUGUUGAUAAAGCUGUGAACUGCUUUAACCAUUUUGAAAAACAAUAGGAAAUUAUGUAAGGAAAGUGGCUAAACUGUUCAUCACUUUGAUGUAUUUAUCCCAUUCAUGGUAUUGCAUGAAUACUAUGUGUAGGAAACAGAAUUCUUGUAGCAAAAAACUGUAAACAAAGUGGGUGUCCAUUGAUGUGAAAUGACUAAAUAGUGGGAUGAAAAUGAAGUGGAAGAAAUGGCUAGUGUGAAGAACAUGAAGACACAUGGGAAGAUUUAAAUGAACUAAUGUAGAAGGUAAAAUAAGAAACAAUGGAGUAAAUAUGCAUCUAUAAAUGGAAAAAUUACUAAGGUUAGGUAGUCAUUGGAAAACAGGUAAUGAAACCUCCCUCCCUCUCUUGUCCUCCCAGCUGAGGCAAGAGUCUAAAUAUGCAGGGUUUUGUUUUUUUUCCCCCUAAAUAGUAUUUUAUUUUUCAAAGACAUGUAAAAAUAG